GAGCCGCCUGCCCGCUCGCACCGUCUCUCGCUCCCGGACGAUCGAUUGCUCGAACCACCGUGACUUGUGACUCCAGUGCCCUUCAGUGUUGUGAAUGACAUGUGCUCUCGUGUUGACUGUACAGGAACGAUUGUGUGAUCCGAUACCGAACUCUCAUACAGCCGGCGCGUGCGGUGUGGCGCGAUGGUUGCGUGAGUGGUCAUCAUGCGCCUCUUCCGCGGGCCGAAGCGCAGGGAAGUGACCGCGCCGCGGGCCGUCGCGACGCCGUCUCCGCGCCGAGACGCCGCCGCCAGCGCCGCUGCGCACGCAGCUAACGCCACGCACACCUCGCACGCGAAUGCUGCACACGAUUUCGCUAUCGUCACCGCCCUUCCAGCCAUGGUCAUGGAGGACGACGUGAAGGAGAUGAAGAAAGUGUUCGCUACGUGGGGUCGUCGAAUGGGAAAAAAGUUAGACAUGCUGAAAAAAACUGAUGCAAAAGAAACUACUGACCCUGAAACAUCCUCUAACGGAGGAUUCAAUGAAGACUCUCCCACGAAUUUAGCGAGCCAAUUUAAGAAGAAACAACACUGGAAAAUGGGCAGGAGCAGCUCUGACUCCACGUCUUUGAAAAAAGACAACGACACUGAUUCUAUUAAAAGCAACUCUAGAGACAGGUCACCUAGUCCAUUCAAAACAUUUUUUCAUAGAAUGGGCUCAACAGGAAUGUUGAAUUCAUCAAAGUCACAAUCACUAAAUGCACAUAAGACUAAUGAAAAUUACCCAGUCGCUAACGGACCCUCACUUUAUCGAAGUUGUUCUACUUCACAUCUAUCGACCUAUGUAAAAGCCGACGAUCCUUCGGACGACAUUGAUUUACAAAACGCUGAUAAUGAGAAUAAAAGUUCUCCCACAAAACAAAAUAAUGUACUCUCUGAAGAUACAUUAGUAACAGCAUCAACUAAAGCUAUCAGUUGCGAUAACAUUCCAAAUCUAGAAGGUCAAGGAAAUAAUGGAACUUGUAAGAAACCUAACUUUCCGUAUGCUUUUUUAAGAUCGAAGUUGUCUGUGCUACCUGAAGAAAAUAGUAUUAAUUCACAGCAAAGAGUCAAUGUGGUGAGGCAAAGCUUUUCAGAACGAAUAGAUAGAAAAUCACCUAAAUUCCGCCGAGAAAGAUUGUACCUAAAUAAUUCCAGGUCAGAAGAAAGAUACGAAAGUAGUGAUAGUAUAUCUAUCCACGAAGAUAACAUGCUACUAAAUUCAGCACUAAGAAACGAUUAUGACUUUUCAAGAAGUUCUAUGAGGAGCAUUAAUGAAAUUGAUGGUACCAUGUAUUCAAUGCGGCGCAAUGAUGAUGUACCAAGGAGAUCAUCUAUGAUUUCACAGAGAGGUCCAAUAGACUAUGAUCCCAUGCUUAUUCCAAGGAAUAGAAAUAGUCUACCGGUGUAUGAAUACAAUUCGAUGUUUGGGUCUGUGCGAGAUUUGAAAACCGAAUUAGCAUCCUCAACACAGAGUAUACACCAUCAUGGGCCAGAAACUUCCGAAGUACUUCAAGCACAUCGUCUUAGUAACUAUGUUAGCUCAAAUGAAUCUGGAUAUGAUAGUGAUGGACGACCGACUGAUGAACAUAGUAACCAUUCACCACCGGGUUACUCCUGUCACUUGUCAUCUGGUUCUAUCAGAGCAGAUAACGAUCCAAACCCUGAAGCUAAUCAUGGUACUUUUUCAAGACAAUUUAGUUUAAACCACAAAAUUAACGUUAGCAGAGUUCAAAUACCAAUGCGUCGAAGUUCAACGCCUUGCGCAUUGUUUCCCAUUGAAAAGUCUUCAACGAACGAAUAUGAAACUGAAAACAGAGAAAAUAUAAAUAAAUACACAAUUCAUAAUUUAAACUCUCACAACAUACUAGAUCAUAGCGAUGGCAAACCUCCUCCACUACCAAAGAAAACAAUAAAUAAAAAAGCACCUUAUAUUUACAAAACCACUACAUUGGAUGAACGCGUGCAAACAAGAAAAAUUAAAUUUUUGAACUCGCAGUUAAUACCAGUCGAAAAUACGUCUUCUACAAACUCAAUAGUCAAUGAAAAUCCGCCAAUUGCACAACAAACCUCUGAAAUUGAUAUUUUGGGUAGAGGUCCAUGCACCAAACGGUUUAGAAAAAUUAGACUUCUGAAAUCUCGAUUGGAUGAAAGUUUAGGGGUUUAUUUAGCACAGCACAGAGUCGAUUUUGAUAGUAGUGGAUCAAAUUAUGAAAUUCGGUACAUAGUGGUAAAACUAGAUUUUGAUGGAAUAGCACACAGAGAUGGUAGACUACGCAUUGGUGAUGAAAUAGUAAAUGUUAAUGGCAGAGUUUUGCGUGGCUUAUCAUCUCUGAAAGAAGUUCAACACAUUGUCAAUUCAUGUUCAACUGAAGCUGCUGUUGAAGAUGGCGCGUUAUUUCAAAGAUAUCAAGUUGAUCUUGUAAUGGCGCAUGAUGAAAUAACACCUAUUACGUUAAGUCGAAUUAUAAAUAGCCAAACAUGUGAACAAAAAACUGUAGCACCCUCUCCAUCAAACGUGCCUCCUGAUAUAAUUUCACAAACAGUUCAUAAGCCUUCUUCAUCAAAUCAGAUAACAAUUGAAACUCAUUUCCCAAGUGAUAGUCAGUAUUAUUCCACGAAAAAUAUUGGACAAAGUUUUCAUGAAAAUAACCAACAGAAGCAACAACAAUUGCACAGAAAAUACGAAAUGGGUGUGCAAGUUAACAAUGGGCUAAGACAGCCAAGUCAAAAAAGUGACGAUGAAAAAUUACAGGAGAGAAAUUGCUACACACAAUCUACAACAUCUUUGCAAAACAUAACCAACAUUGAAAUUUCUAUGCGAUCGUCACCAGCGCCUAGAAACCCAAAUGCCAACUAUAGGCCAAUAUCGUUGCACCAUCCUAGGCCACAACCAAUUAUUGGAUAUCCAGUUAGCAAUGAUAACGCGUCUAAUGAUGUAAAAGAGAACUCUUCCCAUUACAUAAAACAUGUUCCACGAUUGUAUCAAAACAGAUCGUUUGAGAGUAUACCAGAACAGCUAAGAAAUAGUAGCCGCAGUAGAUUUUUCAGCAGAGUUGGAUCACAACGAUGUUCUCCAAAUCACAGCUCCCACGUAUCAAGACAACAGGAAUAUAACGCUUAUAUUCACCAAGAAGGUCAGCAUGGGGGUCAUUACUCACAUAAUUCCAUACACAGAGUGGAAUUUUGGAAAGGGCCAGGCCAUAAGAGUCUCGGAUUUAGUAUUGUUGGAGGAACAGACUCGCCGAAAGGACAAAUGGGUAUAUUUGUGAAGACCGUUUUUCCAAACGGCCAAGCUGCUGAUAAGGGUACUAUUUUUGAAGGUGAUGAGAUAUUGUCAGUGAACAAUAUGCCAACACGUGGUCUGAGCCAUGCUGGGGCAAUUUCUCUUUUCAAACAAGUUAAAGAAGGAAAGAUUGAAUUGACGCUUUCAAGAAGAAGAGCACCUAGGUCCAGAUCGGUGGAGCCUCUUGGCAACUUCCGCGGCGACGGCAAAAGAGAGUAACUUUUGCAAACUCUAACUCCAAAGAGACAAACAUUAUUUGAGUGCAAUAACUUUCAUUCUACUUAAUCAUUUGUAGCCAAAGGCGAAUUCUGGUAGACCUUAAUUAUUAUGUACAUCAAUUAUAAAUGUUAAAUUUUAUACGACACCUCGUUGUUACAGCGUAGUGUCUUGUAUUAUUAUAAAAUGCUUAAUGUAUUAUGCAUAUUAUGGUUUUUAGAAGACGGAUUAUUGGGUAUUAUUAACGUUAUCCAUUAUUUUGCAUGGUGAAUGUUAUAUGGUACAGCAUAAAUGCUAUGUAUUAGUCAUGUUAUGCUAAAAUAUUUGUUAGCAUUGUAUAUUGUUAUUACGAUAAGACUGUAUUGUGUACUAUAAUUACUAAGCUAUGAUUUAAAAUAUUGUUUUAGCCUGUUACUAAAUGAUAUUGUUACGAUAUUUCACUACAAACCUUAGAUCUCGUUAAUGUAAAUAACAUGAUCACCUAUUCUAACGAAUAUAAAUAUUAUUAAUCCAAUGGAAACUGAAUCGUUAUAGACUGAAGUAUUUCCAUUACACACUGGAAUACCUAACACUGCCAAAGCUUUAGAAGUAUAAAUUUUUAAAUUGAAAAAUGACUUCAAUGAAAUAAUAAAAAUAGAAAUGUAUGCCAUAUUUACUAUCACAUAUCGUCACAAUAAAUUUGUCCAUUGAAAUUUUUGAUAUAACUAAAUAUGUAUUUAUAUUACUCGUACAAUAUUUAUCUGCAUGUAUUGAAUAUAGUUAUGUAUUAUAAACACUGCUUCUUUUUUAGAAUAUGUUUAAAAAAUCAUCGUGAAUGAAUAUCAAAUAACGCUUCCAAGUAUUGUGAUGACUACUUUUGCAACAGCGAAUCCGCUCCGUCCAGUAAGAUUGUUACAGCCGUUGUUUGAUAGUAUAUUCAAUUUUUAAUGAUUAAAACGAUCUCCCAUUACUCAUUAUAAUCAUUAAAUAACUGAAAUAUACUCGACACCAUCCAUAUUGUGUAUUACUACUGUCUCUUAAAAAUGUAUAUAUUACCCAUCCACAAAUAUCGUAAGUUACGUUUGACAUGUUUUGUAAAUAAAUUAUUGAACGUAAAUCCAUUUACGAGUGAAUACCUCGA